UCUAACAGACACAGGAAGCUGAUGCAAACAUGCUGAACUGAGUGUGAUGCUGGUCUCUUUGACUGGUUUUGGUCUUUGACUCUGGCUGCUGCACUUUGUACGAGCUGAAACAUGGAUUCAUGGACUGCAGUGAUCCCGUCUUCUCUGAACCUUCUUACACAAAUAAACAGGAAACUGAAAACAAACAGACCUGGAAGGGAAACAAAGGGUCAAUCCGAGCUCGAUAACACACUGAGCACACACACUUUGGACUGAUUACGGGCAGGCCGGGGGCCGGCUGGGAGCCAUUAUAAAACAACCUGCUUCCCUUCUCUUGAUCUUCUGUCCUGUUUGGUUUUUGUUUCAGAGCAGGAUGAUUUUUGUGAAGCGAGCGGUGCUGCUGCUGCUGGUGGUGGUGGCGGCGAUCGGCACCAACGCACAGCCGGGCCCUGAAGACUGUGACGGGCUGAGCAAAAGGCUGCCAACUAAAGACCUGCACAAGGUUUUCGGGGACUGGGUCCUGGUCUGGUCCGUCUCUGAUAGUCAGCACGGCUGGGACCUCCUGGUGAACCUCUCCAGCUCCCAUGUCAAGCUUCAACUCCUCCCUGACAACAAAACCAUCAUGGCCAACGAGAGGAACAUGUUCCCUGAUAAGACGUGCUCUAAGUACUUUUUCAACUUGUCGAUGCCCUCUGACCCGUCCGACUCUGACCACCACACACUGUACACGGGCGUUGGCACGGUGGAGAAGGACGGAGUUGUUCGUCCGUACGAUGACUCCGGCAAAGUGGAUCUCUACGAGACCUGCUCUGACUGUCUGGUGGUGGUCUACAAAGGCUCCCUGAGCCGAUUCCUGCUCAUCUACAGAAGGGAGGGGCAGCAUCGGGAUGUUGAGCAGCUGAAAGCGGCCCACAGCGAUCAUCACGAACUGGCCGAGUGUCUGGGAUUUCCUCACGACAAACCGUUCAUCUACAACGGAGCCGCAGAUUAUUGUCAUAAGAAACCUUCUCCGUCGGUGGAGCCUGAACAGUCCUGAGAGAAGAUGUUGGAGCAAACGAGUGUCAACGUGUAUCAUAAAUGUCGUUCACAAAUAAAAUGAAAGCAAAGAAAAAACUAAAA